UACGUAGUUCGUCUUCAGAAAUUAAUUUUGUUUAUGAAACAUGAACUUGUCUGUGCUUAGUGCUUAAUAACCUAAUCGUUGACAAUUUACAUGAAUAAUUAUGACAAAUACUGGAGUUACAUUAUCAAUAGUUACAUAUUAAACUGAAAUUAUUCAUAAUUGUUAAAACUAUGGAGAAAACUAUUGUAGCCAAUAGCGAUGAUAGUAAACGACUUUCAACUUUAGAAAAAGAACAAAGAGCAAUUGAUAAAACGCCUUUUCGACAUUUAAAAAUUACUAAUGCAGAACUUUUGGACACGAUAGAAGGCAGAAAAAUAUGCCACCGUUGUUACAGAUCGAGAAAAUUUUUUUGUUAUUCAUGCUAUUUGCCUGUCAUCAGUAAAGAAUAUUUUCCCACGAUAAAGUUACCUAUUAAAAUUGAUAUUAUUAAACAUGCACGUGAAAUCGAUGGAAAAAGUACUGCAAUUCAUGCAACUAUACUUGCUCCAGAAGAUGUGAGAAUUUUCACAUAUCCCAACUUUCCAGAGAUAUUGGACAAAGAGGAGACUGUUUUAAUUUUUCCUAGCCCAAUUGCUACAUCUGUGGACUCGUUAUUCAUAAAAAAAAAAGUUGAAGAAGAUAAUAAAAUAAUUACGACUAGAAUAAAAAAUGCAUUUCCUAUAAAAAGAGCCAUUUUCAUUGAUAGCACAUGGCAUCAAACAAAAGCUAUUUAUAAAGAUCAAAGAUUACGAGAUUUACAUUGUGUCAUUUUAAAAUCAAGAAUAUCACAAUUCUGGCGUCAUCAGAAAAAGAGUCCACGAUGGUAUUUAGCGACUAUCGAAGCAAUUCAUCAGUUUUUAGUAGAACUGCAUACAUGCGCAUUUGGUGCGAUACAAGGUUAUGCCGAAGAAAACUCUGCAAAUAACGUAAUGCAUCAACAUGCAAACGAGUUACCUGAAAUAGAUCAAAGAUAUAAAGGUCAAUACGAUGAUCUUUUAUAUUUUUUUAAAUAUAUGUAUGAAAAGAUUCACACUAUUUAUGAUCAUGAUAAACUAUGGGCAUAUAAGAGGCCAUUAAUGUAAUUCUGUGAUAAUAAAAUAUUUUAUAAGA